CUUCUAACAAAAGUAAACUUUUAAAUAAAGAUAGGUGCCACAUUAAAGAAUUUGGUGAAGCUCAUCAAGUUAAUAGUUUUGAUCAUUCUGCUUUUUCUGAAACAAAGCCGUCAACACCAGUUCAAAAGAAGUCGUUCUGCAGUCCAAAUAAAAAGAAAACUUCUUUUUCUAACUUAAAGAUUGCAAAGAAAGCUGAGCAGGCUCGUAUUGUUAAAGAUAAAUUUGGCAUCUUGAAUACUGAUAAACAUAAAGAUAAUCCUAAUGUUGAGCCUUUGAAAGCUUACAAUUCACUUAUAAAAUCUUUUAACAGUAAAAAAGGAUCUCUUAAGCCCGCACACUCCAAUUUUUUGCAAGACACCGAUUUUUCUUCUGAAUCCUUUUCCAACUCUGAUCCUUGCGAUUAUUCUAUAGAAGAUCAACUAAUUACUACAAACAUUACAAAUAAAUUGGAUGACUUGGAGCAUAGCGGGGAUGAAGAAAUCGAAUUAGAAAACUCUGAAGACGUUAAUGAAUUUGAUUUAACUUUGACUGCAAGAAGCGAUUAUUUUAAAGUUCAUUUUGAAGAUCGGCUCGCUGAAGUUCUUAAGGAAAUUUCAGCGUCGUUCUUCACAAUUUCGAAGCCCCUUUUCGAUUCUGAUCUUAAGGCUAUAAUUUCCUUGCCUGAAGAUCGCUUUUUUUCUUUAGUGAAUCCAAUUAUAAACAUUCAUGAUAAAUUAUACAAACGAUGGCAAUUUCUUAAUUCUAAACUGUUAAAAUCCAACGAUACCAAGCAAACCGCUGAGAUUCGCGGCGAAGAGGAUCUUAGUUUUAAAGAAUUUAGCAGAAUUCAGUUUUGCCUCGCUUCCAGCAUUCUUAAGUAUCGCGAUUGUGGAUUUUUUGAUAGAAACAUGAAUAACGAUGAUGACGUUAUUAAUUUGUAUUGUCUUCACGUGAGCAACCAUAUUUUGAGGAAUCGGUCUAUAAUAAUUAAAAAUAAUCAGCGAAUUAAAAAGAAUUCCGAAAAAGGCGACUUUUGUGAGAUUCGCGAUCAAGGCUUCACGAGGCCUCAAGUUCUCAUCGUUUUGCCCAUGCGCAAUGCUGCAUGCAGAGUUGUGAAUGUUUUGCUCGACUUACUCGCUUCGGAUUCGAAUUUUAUCGUUCGAAACAAAAAAAGGUUUUUUGAAGAUUUUCAUGAAAAAGUGGAUCACGCUGGUGAAAAACCGGCGGAUUACAAUUUUUUAUUUGACGGAAACAAAGACGACUGUUUUUUGUUUGGCAUCUCUUUGAGGAGAAAGUCUUUGACUCUCUACGCCAAUUGCUACAAGUCCGACAUCAUUAUCGCAUCGCCGUUGGGAAUCAGGACGGCCACCGCUCGAAAAGCUGACGGGUCUUUCAAGGCCGAUUAUGAUUUUUUAUCUUCUAUUGAAAUUCUUGUAUUGGACUUAAGCGAUGUUUACUUAAUGCAAAAUUGGGCUCAUGUCAAAAUUUUGUUUGAGUGCGUUAAUCAGCUCCCCAAAGAAACAAGGGAGACCGAUUUUUCGCGAAUUAAGCAUUACUUUUUAAAUAACCUCGCAACGAAGUAUCGUCAAACAUUGAUCUUUUCAAGAUUUAUUACUCCUGAAAUUAAUAAUUUAUUUAAUCGUGUUGAUAAUUAUGCUGGAAAAAUAAAACUUAUUCCUCACUACCCCGAGGGAAGUAUAUGCCACGUUGUGAAUCGAGUCCAACAAAUUUUCCGGCGAUUUUCUUGCGAAGAUCACACAUGCUUGAGUGAUCAACGUUUCAGCUUAUUUAUUAACGAGGCUUUUAUUUAUUUUUAGGGGCCCCUUUUCUCGCGGUACCUGAAGUCUUCUUGUAGGUUUUAGGAGAAUUCCGCGAUGCACUGCACCAGAAGACGUGUCUUUUUGUGUCUUCUUAUUUCGACUUCGUUCGUUUAAGAAAUUAUUUUGCUCAAAACUCCAUCUCGCACGUCUUCGCUUGCGAGUACAGUAAAGAAAGUGCCAUUUCUCGCUGCCGAUCAAAAUUUGUGCAUGGAGAUGCGCACUUUCUUAUCUACACGGAAAGACUUUAUUUUUAUAAGAGGCGGAAAUUGAAAGGUGCUAAGCAUCUCAUAUUUUAUGAACUUCCUCUAUACGAACACUUUUACUCUGAACUUAUUAACUAUUUGGAAUUUGAUUCCUCUACAUCCUGCACUGUACUGUACUCUACUUAUGAUUCACUGCGGUUGGAGAGAAUACUGGGCUCUGAACGGUCCCGAAAAUUACUACAAUCUACGAAGUCUACCC